AUGGCCACUGCCCCCCCGCAAAAAAGAAGGAAGUCCCUCGGGAGUCAUCAGGACUUUCGGAGCCUUCAAGCAAAGUUCCAGGCCUCUCAGCACGAGACCGGCAAACUCUCCAAAAUAUCCCCAAAGCCCGAGUUCAACAAACUCCUCAAAAAGUUUCCACAGCCUGAGCUAGGCGAGCAUCCCAAGAAGCUCCCCCAGCCCGAGUUCACUGAUCUGCCCAAGAAGCCCUACAAACUUGAGUUCAGUGAACUCUCCAAGAAGGUCCCACAGCUCAAGGCCACUCCAUUCCCCAGGAAGCCCCUGCAGCCUGAGCUCAGCCACGCCCCCAGGCCCCCCAUAGAGCCCAAGUUCAGUGCAUUCCCCAGGAAGUCCCAGCAGCCUGAGUCCAAUGAGGCCACCCUGAAGCCCCCCCAGCCCAAGUUCAGUACCGUUCCCGAGAAGCCCCCGCAGCCUCAGGUCGGCGGUCUCCCUGAGAAGCCCCUGCCGCAGCCCGAGUCCACUGAGGUCCCCCCAAUGCCCCCUUCAAAGCCCGAGUCCAGUGAGCCCCAGCCUCACUCCUCACAGCCCAACUUCAGUACAGUCCCCGGAAAGAUGCAACAGCCUCUGCUGAGUGACCUCCCCGAGAAGCCCCCGCGGCCCGAGUGUGGUGACCUCCCCGGGACGUCCUCUGGGCCCGAGUGCAGCCUGCUCCCCAAGGAGUUUCUGCAGCCCGAGUGGUGGGGGCCGCCCUGCAAGUCCUCGCAGACCAAGCCCAGAUCUCUGCCCAGGAAGCGCCCGCAGGCUGAGUUCCUCGGUGACCUCCCUAGAAAGCCUCCACUCCCUGGCUCCCGUUCAGAGAGCUCACUGCCCACUGCCAUUGCAGGCUCCAGCCCUAGGUUCCCACUCAGCCCAGGGUUUGGCGCCAGGGAGCAGAGAUCAGGAACCCUCGCUCGCGGUGGAGGCUUGUGGCUGGGCCUCAAACCUGCCCACCCACCACGGCGGAGGCCUCUGCCCCCGGUCACCAGCCUGGGCGCCCCUCCAGCCAAGCCCCCACUGCCCCCAGGCCCCAGGGACGUCCAGAGAUUUCGGAGGACCUUGGCAGCAGGCACAGCUCUGCCGAGGAGCUCUUCUGGCCUCCAAUUCCGGGCUGGACAGCCUGAAGACAUCCCACAGGACCCAGAUGAGGCCUACGAGCUGUACGAUGACGUGGAGCCCACAGACGACUCCAGACCCAGCCCCAAGGGCAGAGAUGAAGUGCUGUCUACCCAGCAACCCCCCAGGAGGCCACCACAAGACCAAGAGCCCAGGAAGAAGGGCCCCCAGCCACAGCAGUUGCCGCACACGGACCUGAAGUCUCUGAAGCAGACCCGGAAGGCAGAGAAAGCUGAGCGGGAGUUCCGGAAGAAGUUCAAGUUUGAGGGGGAGAUUGUGAUUCAGACAAGGAUGAUGAUCGACCCCAACGCCAAGACCCGUCGCGGGGGUGGCAAGCACCUGGCAAUUCGGCGUGGGGAGAUCCUGGAGGUGAUCGAGUUCACCAGCAAGGAGGAGAUGCUGUGCCGGGACACCAAGGGCAAGUAUGGCUACGUGCCCAGAACAGCUCUACUACCCCUAGAAACAGAGGUGUACGACGACGUCGGUUCCUGGGAUCCUCUGGAUAACCAACCAUUCCCCGGGGGACGAUAAGGCCUACAAGGGUGGGGACCCAGGACAACCCACCAAUCCAGCCACCUCUUAACCGAAGGAGCCCUGGAUCCCAGUUUGGCCGUC